GAAAGGAGGAGUUCCUGAAACUGAAAUCAUCGGUCGUCUUCCUCGGCAGUGUCCAACUGUGCAGCAACCUGACGGUAGUACCAAUUCCAUCCCCCUUCACGUCCUCAACUCAACCACCGCGCGAGAGCCCGUAGAGGCAACCGAACGAAAUAUGGCGCCGCCGCAGCCGGAGGAGCUGCGGAAGCCUUCACCGGCAGAGUCCCGGGAGUGGACGCUGCGGUUCCUCCAAGCCCUGGGCGUGGACGAGUCCCUCCCGGCCUCGGCGGAGCGCCCCGACGCCUACUCCGCCCUCAUCCGUGCGCUCCUGUCCUCCGCCACCGUCUCCUCCUCCCCCGCGCCGCGCGUCUCCUGCACUCUCCUCGUCUCCUCCGCCGUGACGAACUCUUACAACACGCUCCACGGCGGCGCGGUGGCGGCCGUCGCGGAGGCCGUCGGGAUGGCGUGCGCGCGCGCCGCCGCAGGGGAUAAGGAGAUGUUCCUCGGCGAGCUCAGCACCGCGUACCUCGCCGCCGCCCGCCUUGAUUCUGAAGUUGAAGUGGAAGGCCAGAUACUGAGGAAGGGUAGGUCUGUCGUGGUUACUACAGUUGAAUUUAGGCUCAAGGACACCAAGAAGCUCUGCUACACAUCUCGAGCCACCUUCUACAUCAUGCCGGUGGCGAGCCUAUGAAUGAGUACACGAACAGUGUAUUUACACGAACAGAGCUGUACAUGAGCAUAUGUACUUCACUGAAAAAUAAAGCAAACACCAAAUUGCAAUUUAUCACUGUCAACUUUGUGAAUUCUCCUCCACUUCAGUCGUUCUGGACCUAUGUUGCGAAGUACUCGUCUGUUCCUUAAUACUCCUCCGUGCCGAAUUAACUGAUGUGGAUUUUACAGAUUUUUAUACAAAUCAACGUCCAUUAAUUCAGAAA